CCAUGGUGUGUUCGGCUGCCCCUGUGCUACUCUUGGCCAUGACUUUCCCCCUUGUGGGGUCACCGGUUGCCCGAACAUCCCAACCUGAACCCAGUCAGGUUGGCGGGGAAUCUGGGAAGCAACUGAACCAAGAGCAUGGAGCAGGUGAAGCAGUCCUGGUCUCCGUCUAUGUACAGCUGGACUUUUCAGAUGAGACCUGGUCAAUGACACUCUCUAGAACCUUCACCCUGCCCCCUGCCUCGGUUUCCUCUUCACCAAGAACUCUCACUGGCCUCAGCCUCACAACAGAGUGCAAUGUCAAGCCCGAUGGGUUUGCCUAUUGUGCUUGCCUCUCUGGAUACCAGUGGAACGCCAGUGUCUGCUCCCAUCACCAUCCUUGCCAAGCCCUCUACAACUACCAUCCCUGUGGCUGUCUCAUCUUCAGCCCUACUGAAGCUGGGUACUGCCAGUUGCUGCCACCUGUCCCUGGGACCCUGAGGCUGAACACCUGGCUGCAGGUGCCUGGAGACACGUUGAACCUGACCCUCCUCACGAGCCAGGAGACCACGAACCUGAACUGGUUCCUGCGGCGCACAGGAAGCCCCAGCCCCAUCCCCCUGCAGCCAGGGGCACAUGUGUCCCUGACCUCGAGCCAGGGCCAGGCUGUCCUCAGCAUCUGCAACAUGUCCCAUCAGUGGGAAGGUGAGUACAUGUGCUGCUUUGAGGCCCAGGGAUUCAGGUGGGAGCUGUACCACAUGGUGAGGGUGCCCCUGCAGGCGACAGACGUGGCUCGACUUCCAGACCAGCUCUCCAUCUCCUGUGCCACCUCCUCUGGCUUCCAGCUAAGCUGCUGCAUCCCCAACACACACCUGGGCUACUCGGCUUCUUGGAGCCCUGGAGCAGACAGCAAAGCCUUCGUAUUCAACACACCAGGAGACCAGUGCCUGGUGCUGGCCGUUCAGCACUGCCCUACAGCCGACACCACGUACACUUGUGACCUACAGAGCCCAGGACUGACCCCUCUCAAGGUCCCUGUCUCUGUCACCAUCAUCCAGGAUGGAGACACUACCUGCCCUGAGGACUCCUCAGCUAUUGCCUGGAAUGUCACCAAGGCUGGCCAUGAGGCACAGGCCCCAUGUUCCGUGAACAGAACGGGCAUGGUGAAGAGGACUUGUGGGACUGACGGGACCUGGGGGCCCAUCCGCAGCAGCUGCACAGAUACAGGGCUCCUGAGCUUGCUUCGGAGAGCCCAGCUGCUGUGGGCAGGCCAGGGCUGGCCUGCUGAAGAAGUGCCCCAGAUCCUGACACAGCUGCUGGAGCAGACAGUGAUGGUGAGCUCACCCUCUGACUUAUUGGCACUGCUGGGCACCAUGACAUUCCUGGCCAAGGUGGCGGCGGACACCAGAAUACAGCUUAACCGUAGUGCCCUGGAGGCUCUCCUGAAAACCACAGACAAGAUCCUAGACAUGGACCCCAGCUCUCUGUGGACCCCGGCCCAGGACCAGAAGCCAUCAGUGGGCUCAAAUCUCCUGCUGGCUGUGGAGACCCUGGCAUGCAGUCUGUGCCCCCAGGACCAGCCCUUCUCCUUCAGUUUGCCCAAUGUGCAGCUGCAGACACAGCCCCUCGGGCCUUCACUUCCUGCUGACUACAGAGUCGCCUUCUCCACUCAGCCCCCGCUGCAGGCACAGAUUCCCAGACACUCACUGGCCCCUCUGGCCCAUAAUGGAACCAACAUCACUAUUACUAGCUUAAUGCUGAGAAAACUGGACCGCCUUCUGCCCUCAAACUAUGAACAAGGGCUGGGGGACGCCCUCUAUGCCACUCCUGGUCUGGUCCUUGCCAUCUCCAUCAUGGCAGGUGGCCAGGCCUUCAACCAGGGAGAAGUCAUCAUGGACUUUGGGGACAGAGAUAGCACCCUCCACUGUGUCUUCUGGGACCACGAUCUCUUCCAGGGCAAUGGGGGAUGGUCGGAGGAAGGGUGCCAGGUGCAGACAGCCAAUGCUAGCCCCACCACUCAGUGCAUCUGUCAGCACCUGACUGCCUUCUCUGUCCUCAUGUCCCGACAUACUGUUCCAGGCAACCCCACCCUGGACCUGCUGAGUCAGGUAGGCUUGGGGGCCUCCAUUGUGGCACUGCUCGUAUGCCUGGGCGUGUACAGGCUGGUGUGGAGAGUCGUGGUACGGAACAAAGUUGCCUACUUACGCCACGCAGCCCUGCUCAACAUGGUGCUUUGUCUGCUGGCUGCAGACAGCUGCUUCCUGGGAGCCCCACUGCUUUCUCCAGGGCCCCAAAGCCCACUCUGUCUGGCCGCUGCCUUCCUCUGUCAUUUCCUCUACCUGGCCACGUUUUUCUGGAUGCUGGCUCAGGCCCUGAUGUUGGCCCACCAGUUGCUCUUUGUCUUCCAUCAGCUGUCCAAGCGCCAAGUACUCUCCCUGAUGGUGGUUCUCGGCUACCUGUGCCCGAUGGGGUUUGCAGGUGUCGCCCUGGGCCUCUACCUACCCCGAGGGCAAUACUUGGGGAAAGGGGCAUGCUGGCUGGAUGGGAAGGGAGGGGCACUCUACACCUUUGUGGGACCAGUGCUGGCCAUCGUGGGUGUGAAUGGGCUGGUACUAGCCAUGGCUGUGCUGAAGUUGCUGAGACCUUCGCUGUCAGAAGGACCCCAGAUGGAGACGUGCCAAGCCCUUCUGGGGGUGGUCAAAGCUCUGCUCAUUCUCACGCCCAUCUUCGGCCUCACCUGGGGGCUGGGCCUGGCCACUCUGUUAGAGGAAGUCUCCAUAGUCCCUCACUACGUCUUCACAAUUCUCAACACCUCCCAGGGUGUCUUCAUCUUACUGUUUGGUUGCCUCAUGGACAAGAAGGUACAGGAGGCUUUACUCAAACGCUUCUGCCGCGGCCAAGCCCCCAAUUCCACCAUCUCCCUGGCCACAAAUGAAACCCAGAUGCCAGAACACAGCAAAGGAAGAAGUGAAAAUGCCAGGUGAGGAUGAAGCUUUCUUGGGAGCAGAGUGAGCAGCGUGGAGUGAGAAUGAGCAAGGACUCCUCUUCAUAUACCUGUUCCAGCCCAAAGGGUGGGAAACAGGCUUUGCCAGAGGAGACAGUGUAGGUGCGCUGGGUAAGGUGCAGGCCUUAGAGCAGAAAGCAUAGCAUCUACUACUGCUUUCCCAGAAAGAUGGAGGGAGUUUCACCACCAACAACCCUUGGUUCAAUUCACUCUGAAAAUUCCUUUUCACAUUAUCAAAUUUUAAAUUAUUCAGAAAAAUCCUUGUUUUGAAGACAUUGCCAUUGGUGGGGUUGGUGUCCAGAAGGGCUUGGGCAAGGUCUUUUGUCAUCAGCCCAGCGUUUCAGGGCAAGCUCUUAUGGGGAAGGCAGCUUUGAGUGAACCCCACGCAGAGCCCAUGAUCCUCCAAGGGAGUGUAGGGUGUGUGCUUGAAUCCACCAGCAUGGGCUUUGGCCCAAUGCCCUGAACCCUGCCCGCCUUCCAGAGCUCCGUCCUCGGGAAGGACAGGCUAUGCAUCCAUUAGUCACACUCAUUUCUCUUGCAGCUCACCUGUCCCCAGCCUAAAGCUAUCUAAGCAAGAAUAGUAUGAAAAACUGGCUCAAGCUACCUAAUGAAUAAACUUGCAUUUGCCGUAAAAAUAAUCAACAGAUAUCAAAGAUAUCAAAUAUUGCAAGUAAAACUGUCUCAACCAGCUUUUAACUAAUCAACAGUUCAUGUUACAGAUACAUUUGAUAAACAUGGUUUUAACAUUUCAUUGUUAAAUGAAAUUUCUGAUUAUUUCCUUCUCAUAAUUACGAAGAAAGGAUGACUUAACUGACAAAAACUCUGAUCUCCCAAACAUUAGAGGUGAAGGGCAGAAUUUGGCUUGUUUCUUUUCAAAGUUAAGGAAAAGGUGAAGUUAAUGGGUCCCUCUUUCUUCAACCUUAAAAAAAUCAAUAUUAAAAAAUUGUUAUAUAGACAUAUGCAUGUAUACAAAAAAGUCACUGGUAUGAGCACAUUGGUAAGAAAGUGAUGUCAAUUUUCAAGUAGAAAGAAAGGUACCACAGAUUGCCAUGAAUGAAGGAGAAAAGAUGACACAAUUGGAAGUGACAGGAUCAAGCUACGACUAGAUAUAAAGGAAGAUUUUUGAAAAGCCUCUAGACACCAAGGCAUGUAGCUGAAUUAACUUAUGGAAUUCCCAAGAGUUGAUGGCAGGAUUCUGAACAUUUUUUAAACUGAAUAAAUGAAAAAAUUCUAAUAAUUUGCUUCAGUCUUUGUUAGUUACAAAAUUC